AUGUCAUCGGCUCAUAAGGAUACAAAAUCUCACGUGUCUCAUAUUUCUCAGACUUAUGCAGAUGUUAAUGACGGAAAAAAACAACAUCAUGAAUUAAAUGAUAAAUAUGCUAUUCCUGCAGCCAAACAACCACCUUCUGAUAAUUUACCAUUUGACAAAAAGUCUUCAGAUGUUGAAGAGUUGUUGUCAAUAUAA